AUGUCCUCCGACGAGGAGGUCGACGGCGGUCCCACCGGCGAGAUGGAGACGGUGGAGUUGUCGUCGACGGUGACCCCCGUGGUCUCCUCGGAUGAGGAGGGCACUCGGUGGGCCAACCAGGCCCGGAGGGGUUACCGUCAGGUGAGGCGGGUGGUGGACAACGAGGGAUAUAUCCCGUUCGGGUCGGCGGCCUCGUCGGAGAGGCCGGAGAACGAGGAGGAUAUAGAGGCCCGCCGACGGGCAACGAUCGCAAGCGGAGAACGAGGAGGCCGCGCUGUGGACACCGGCACCUCCGCUGGCAGCGCCCUCGGAGCCGCCGUUGCCACCCACGCCGCCGCCGAGGACGCCGACGCCACCACCACCGCCGCCGCCGAGGACGCCGACGCCAAUACCACCACCGCCGCCGACGAUGAAGGGGACACCGCCGAAGACGCCAACGCCACCACCACCACCGCCGAGGACGCAGACAAAGCCACCACCACCACCGCCGAGGACGCAGACACCGCCACCACCACCACCGCCGAGGACGCAGACACCGCACCCACCACCACCGCCAAGGAAGAAGACGCCGGCGCCGCCGCCAAGGACGCCCACGCCGCCGAGGAGGCCGACGCCACCGUCGCAGCCACCGCUGCCGCUCGCGUCGCCGCCGAGGACGACGCCGCCACCACCGCCACCACCGCCGCCACGUCCACGGCUGCAGAGGCAGACAUCGUGCCCGGUGGCAGCACCGCCGAGACGACCCACGUUAAUGCGGGGAUUCUCCCAGGAGGCAACCUGGGUGGAGGUCCCCGAGGACACGUGGCCGGACACGGUGCGCGCGGAGGCGGAGCGGCAGCGCCGUCGAGGGAGGACCCAGCGGUGGGCGAGGUUGAUGGAAAAUAA